AUGGACUCUGGAGUCAUGGACAACAACUCCAACGAUUCAUAUCAGGCGAUGAUGGACGCUCUGAAUCUAGCGUCAUCCUCAUCGGCCAGUUCACAAACUGUUUCGGAUUCUGAAGAUUCAUCCGCCACCUCUCCGGCUGUUGCGCCCAGCGUUGACGGGUCCAGGAGAUGGCAGCCCAGGCCUGGAGCGCAAACUCGCACCAGGGGCAGCACGGAAUCGAUGCAAUCGUCGUCAACCGCUGUGCAGCUGCAACCUGUAGCGCAACAUGAUUGUAGACAGCCAAUAUGCUCAAUGGCCAAGGUCUUUGAGACCACAGAACUCCUGGAAAUGGUCCUCGGCCACCUCGAAACUCCCGAUGUUGUGCAGCUACAGCGGACGUGCAAACACUGGCUGAGUUUAGUCAAUAAGUCACCCCAACUGCGUGUCAAUCUUUUCGUUCACGCUCAGUGGAAUCGGGACGCAUCAAAGUUCCAGCUUCUGAAUAUCAACCUUCCAGGUCUGCAUUCAGAGCUCGAUGAACCGAUCAAUCUAGGUCGUUGGAUCCACAUCAGUAUGAGCGUGAAAGCCGCACGUAUUAUACUUGACUCGGCCAAUCGUCACCUUCCCACACGACCCCAAUCGAUAUCACGCAACUUUCCGGCUGACCGAACGUAUCUGCCAGGCUUGGAUGAAGAUUUGCCAGGCUUGCAUGGAGAUUUGCAAUAUGGACGACUCCAGGUGGUCCAGCCUCCUGUGAUCGGUAUGCAGGCUUUCAUCACACCCAGCAAACAACGCCAGGGUGGUGCCGACGGUGUGUCAUCUCUUUGCGCGAAGCUCGCAUGCGAUGCCGGUAUCACGCUUGGGUUUCUGGCAGAGACCACCCUAUCUCUACUGACCGAUGGGAAAAACAAGCACAAUCCGGAUGAGAAUAGAAGCAUCGUUUACACGGCCAUCAUCUCCUUCUGUGCGCCCGUUGUGGCUCUCCGAAAACGCAGUCUGGUCCGAACUGUGACGAGUAUUGAAUGGUGA